AUGGACAUUUCGGAAUUCGAAAAAAAUUCCUUGGCAAAUAUUAUCUUUCGUUCGUCGUACGUCGCGGAUGAUGAGAAGAAAAACUCGAACCGAUCAUUCGUUCUUGGAAUCGAUGAAGCUGGUCGCGGUCCUGUUCUUGGUCCAAUGGUUUACUCGGCAUUCUUCUGUGAUGAAGACCAUUUAUCUGUUCUUAAUGAUCUCGGCUGUGCAGAUUCAAAACAAUUAACCGAAGAACGCCGUUCAGCAAUCUUUGCCGAGUAUGAUAACCAUAAAACGUAUCUUGGUUUUAUACUCAAAGUACUCUCACCACAUAUGAUUUCCACUUGCAUGUUACGAAGAGAAAAAUAUAAUUUAAACGAUAUGUCACAUGAUGCAGCUAUGGAACUCAUCCAAUUAGUUCUCGAUCAAAGUAUCAAUGUGAAACAAGUCUUUGUUGACACGGUCGGCGAUCCGGAUAAAUACGCAAAUAAAAUUCGUGCUCGUUUUCCAAAACUGAAAGUGACUGUUUCCAAAAAGGCUGAUUCGCUAUAUCCAGUCGUUUCAGCGUCGAGUAUCUGUGCUAAAGUAGUUCGCGAUCAAAUCGUUCAAACAUGGAAGAUUAAGGAAUUCGAUGAAGAAAAACAAGCAAUGCAAUUUGGAUCGGGUUAUCCUGGUGAUCCUCAAACGAAACGGUUUUUAACCGAAGCUCUCGAUGAAAUCUUCGGUUUUCCUAAAUUCGUUCGUUUCAGUUGGUCAACUGCAUCGACUAUCAUCGAAAACAGAUGUGUUAAAGUGACUUGGGACGAUGACGAAGACGAAAAUGUCAAUACAAGCACAGCAAAAAAACGCAAAUCAGAAGUUGUCGAAAACACUACAACAACGGCGACAACCAAAACACUCUUCAGUUAUUUUGCUCAAAAAUCGACGAAGAAGAACGAGACCACUACGCGUCGUACGUCGGGUAGUCAUUAUUUUCGAUCAGCGUGUCUCAAGCCAGCUGUUUUUCCUAUGUAA